AUGCCUUUUAUAGCACCUGAUGAUCUGGAUUAUCUGGCACCUGCUAUAUUUUGUAGGAAUACUUGCUUUGUAGCAGUAAAAAAAUUCAGACGUUUUAUGAUUUAUGUUCAUGCCAAAGGAAUGAUAGUUGAUGACGAUUACGUAAUUAUUGGAUCAGCAAAUAUUAACCAGAGAUCAUUAGAUGGCUCGAGGGACACAGAAAUAGCUAUGGGAGCUUAUCAACCAAAAUAUACAUGGACAGAACAGAAACCACAUCCACAUGGCCAGGUGUAUGGAUACAGAAUGUCACUGUGGGCUGAGCACCUUGGUAGUCUUGAUCAUGUUUUUGAUGAACCUCAGAGCCUGGAAUGUGUUAGACAAGUCAACAAAAUUGCAAAACAAAACUGGGGCACGUAUGUAUCAGAUGAAAUGAAUUACAUGAGAGGACAUUUGAUGCAGUAUCCAGUUAAGAUCAGCAGGGAUGGAAAAGUCAGUGCACUGGAUGAUUAUGAGUCCUUUCCUGAUGUUGGUGGCAAAAUUCUUGGAUCACCAAAUUCACUUCCGGAUUCACUAACCACCUGA